UUUCCGUGGUGUGAAUAAGCAGCAUAAUAGGAGUGACUGGCCCGAAAAGGGCUACGCUAAAUUUCGGUCGAAACACGAGGAACCAGAAGGCAGGGACAUGUGGUGGGUGCUGUGGGUGCUCGCUGCCUUGCUGGCUCUCUUCUCCUGUUUCGAUGUGUGGUACUUCCUGCGAGCGGCAGCUGUGAUACUGCGUGCUUGGUUCCAGCCUCCAAUCUGGGACGUUACGGCAGAGCAGACCCUCACAGGCCGGGUCACUCCUCGUGACAUCGACAUGUGCCACAUGAACAAUGCCCGCUACCUCCGGGAGUGCGACUUUGCUCGCUUCUCUCUCUAUGUACGUAACGGUGUGUUCAAGGCCGUACGAGCACUUGGAGCUUCUAUGGUUGUUGGGGCCACCACCAUCCGUUACCGCAGGGCUCUGUGUAUCGGGGAGGGCUUUGAGCUGCGCAGUCGCAUCGUCACAUGGGAUGAUAAAGCGUUCUAUUUAGAGCAGAGAUUUGUGGCGACAAAAGACGGGCUGGUGUGUGCUGUCAUGUACUGUAAGCAGAGCGUCAUCCGCAGCAGCCCGGACAAGAUCAUGCAGCACCUGUGUAAGAGAAAGGUGGAGUGUCCUGAGUUUCCAGAAGAUCUUCAGCACUGGGUAAACUUCAUCUCUGCCAGCAGUCAGGCCCUCAGAGCUGAGAGCGGACUGGAUGAGAAGGACAAAUGAGGCGAUACAUGGGAAACUGCUGAGAGGGACUUUUUGUAUAUCAGCUGUUUCAUAAACUCAGGAUUAAAAAAACCCUCUGAAUGAGACAUUUGUCUUCUAUUCAUGUUUACUAGUUUUAAAACACAUGUGCCUACACUUCUGAAAAUGAGAUUCUCUCGCCUGUGUCAACACUAGAAGAGCUACUAUGUACCUCUCAUUGUUUGGAGAGGAUGAUGAAAACGUCUUCCUCCAUAACAGUAUGGUUAUGUAAAGUGUUUAACAUUGUGCUUUGAAAAGCAAUAAAACAAAAG